GGCGGUAACGGCGGUAACGGCGGCGGUGAGAGAAGCGUAAGUACGGGCAAACGGCAAUCGAGUGUAAUGGGUCGGGAGUAGUAGGAGUGCGCGACGGUGGGUUGCACAUGCGCCUUAGCAAGCGUCAUCGAGAGGCGCGCAUUAUCAAGUAGUCGUCCUCGCCGAUGCUGCAAAAGGCCUUGGGCGACAGGAGGCGGCAGAGAGGAGACGGGGCCGCGAGCGGGAUGACGGCCAGUGCGGAUAGGAUCGUGUCUGCGCGGAUGUUGCUCGUGUUGACGAUGUCAGGCUGAGCAAGAUGAGCGCGGCCAAACGGUUGAUCAAUAAUGCGUCCGUCUUCAGGCUGCGGACGCGGGCAGAGGACAACGCGGAGAUCUCGACGGAGGUGAUCGUCGCCGCGAGGAGGACCGGCAAGCUCAGCCUCUCCUCGAGGGCUCUCACCUCAGUACCUGAUAGAAUAUGGACUAUAAAUGAAUUAACCGAGGAAGAAUUAAGAAAUGUACAAGUCGAUAUUCGUAACUCCGAUAAUCAAGCCAAAUGGUGGGAAUACGAGACAUUAAAGUCAUUGGAUUUAAGUUCCAAUAGUUUGGCCAAAUUAAGCGAAGAUGUCAAGUACCUGGCGGACAUAAUCAAUUUAGACAUACACGAUAAUUUGUUAGAGACGAUACCCAACGAAAUCGGAUGUUUAGUGAAAUUAAGAAAAUUAAAUUUAUCGACCAAUAAACUGCGGAUUCUACCAAGUAAAUUUUUUAAUCUCGCGGAACUACGAUGCCUAGAUUUAAAAAACAAUUUAAUAGAGGAAUUGAGCCCCGACAUUGGCAACUUGGUAAUGCUCGAAUACUUGAAUCUGUCGUCUAAUAAAUUGACGAGCUUGCCCACUGGAUUAGGAUAUUUGGUUCGUUUAAUCACCCUCGAAUUAAAUCACAAUAGAUUAAAGGAACUUCCACCCGAUGUUAUGAGUAUGAGAGCUCUUAAGAAGCUGGAUGUAAGCAACAAUCGCUUGGAGAUAAUUCACCCACUCGGCGAACUGCGAAGAAUCGAGAGGCUCGAUUUUCAUAUGAACAAUUUAUCCAGCUUCCCGGAUGUCAGCGGCUGCACUUCGUUGCAAGAAAUCUACCUCUCGCACAACAGUAUUACGGAAAUAAAUGUUAAUUAUUUAGAGAGCUUGGGGCAAUUAAAAAUCUUGAACCUAAAUAAUAAUGAAAUCGAUGCUAUUCCUGAUGAGAUUAUUUUAUUGAUCAACGUCGAGCAGCUGGAUUUAUCAUAUAAUAAUAUAUCUGCGAUCCCUGGUUGCGUGGGCGUGAUGCCAAAUCUUCAAAAUUUCAUAAUCGAUGGGAAUAAUGUGAAGAACAUACGUCGCGACAUUGUUCAAUGUGGAACGCCACGUAUAAUGAAACAUCUUCGACAAACGAUAAAUCCAACGACUGCGGAAACGGCAAAUUCACCUCUGCGAUCGUGCUGCACCGAUAAUUACCCCGAUAAAUACGCUAUGAGAAAUGCGAAGCUGCUGAGUCUAGUUGGCCAGAAUCUUGCAGAGGUAUCCGAGGAAAUUCUUGAAAAUGCCAAAGAAGCUGAAGUGACCUGCGUAGACCUAAGUAGAAAUAAAUUGCAGAGACUAAGUGAAAAAAUGUCGCUUGUGAUAACGACAACGGACCUAAAAUUAUCGUACAAUAUGCUUGUGGAUGUGCCCGAAUGGAUUGGUGAAAAAUUGACGAGGUUGCGAUAUCUGGAUCUGAGUAAAAAUCUUUUGACAUCAUUACCCAACAGCAUAAGCUCCUUACAAUACUUAAUGGAAAUUAACAUUUCGUUUAACAAAUUCGAAGAACUGCCCGAGUGUGUUUGUGAGAUAUUAAGUUUGGAAAUUUUAAUCGCAAACGAUAAUAAAAUGUCAAGUAUCAAUGUGUCGGCUUUAAGUAAACUCAAGCGACUUGCAAAUCUUGAUUUAUCUAAUAAUAAUAUCGGCCAUAUUCCACCAGAGCUUGGCAAUAUUAAGAAUUUAAGAAUGUUGUCAUUGAAUGGCAAUUGUUUCAAGCAACCGAGACAAGCAACUUUGAUGAAAGGAACGGAGGAAGUUUUAGCUUAUCUUCGUAAUCGAAUUCCUACUCAAUUGUAAGAAAUUUAUUCGAUUUUGCUGCGAACGGAGAUGCACUAACGUAUUUAUUUUAAACGCCA